AUGAAUGGCACCCCCAUGCAUCUGAUCCCGCACUGCUCGCGGGACCAUGCAGUUUCCAUGCAAAUGAGGUUUGGAAAAGAUGCAUGUACCUUUUCCUUGAGGGACAUCCAGGGGCGGACUGACAACGCAUGGGGCCCCCGGGCAAUAGGGGAUCAUGGGGCCCCUGUGUCCUUGCCCAAACUCAAAAAAGCCUAUGAAAAAGGUACCAGGGGCAUCUCAUGGGGCCCCCUACUGACCCCAGGCCCUCGGGCAGUGCCGAGUUUCCAAAUGGUCAGUCCGCCCCUGGCCACAGCU